GGAGGUCUUAACAGGAAAUCAGUAACAGAUAUUUUAUCGCGGAUUCUUUUGUCCGAUGAUGGGCUCAGGCAUCCUGCGCGGUUCAAACGUAAAGAAGUCGAUUUCUGCAGUGGGGGGAAAGUGAUGAAGUAACAGUUUCUCCCUCGGGUUGUUUUUUGGGGGGUUACUGCGGUCGGUUUUUGCAGUAACCCCAGAAACAGCGCAACAAGUACUUUACUUUUCAUGCGCUCAUUUCGGUGCUCGGACGCUUGAAGUUGUGAGACUUUCAGCAGGAUUUCUCUUUGAGUCCUCAGCUGCCGAUCAGCCAUUGUGACCGUCAGAAAGGGGCAAGGACUUCUGCUGCAUCAGCUCUGUAUGAGGAAACAAAGAGUUGGAUGCUCCGUGAGGGAAGCUGUCCCGGAUCGACUAAGAAUGGAGUAGAAACACUUUGUUUUCUCGGGGUUUUAAAAGUGCCUUAAGUUUCUCAGCUUAACAAUAAUGGUUCGAUAGAUCACUUUCCGCAGGAGUUAAAUGUAAAAGCCAGGGAAGAGAAUAAACCCUGCAGCUUUUUUCCUGUGCGCAUCUGCUUGUCGGAGGAAGCUGCUUGGUUUGAUAUUUGCCACUCAACAAGUCUUUGCGUCCGAGGGAAGGAUGACAUCCCAACAAACCUGGGCUCAGAUCAUCAUCACGUCCGCGUCGUUACUCACCCUGGUCUUGUGCAGCGCGGUGCCAGAUGACCCAGAGGAAGAACACUUCAGCGCCGAGGCAUGGCUUCGUAAAUUCGGCUACCUGUCUCAAGCCAGCAGGCAGAUGUCCACCAUGCAGUCGGCUCAGAUUAUGUCCAAAGCUAUCAGCGACAUGCAGCGCUUGUAUGGACUGGAGGUGACCGGGAAGGUGGACUCUGCUACGCUCGCGGCCAUGCGGCGGCCUCGUUGUGGCCUCCCUGACAGAAAGCCAGAGGAUCUGGUUGACAGAUCCCGGAAGAAGCGCUAUGUUCUGACUGGGCAGCGGUGGGACAAAGAUCACAUCACCUACAGUAUAAUGGACCAAAACAUGCCCCCGUCCCUGGGAGAGGAACGGACGUACGAUGCGAUCCGCAAAGCCUUCGGUGUUUGGAGACGAGUCACGCCGCUCACCUUUGAGGAGCUACCACCUGGAAACGGCGUCAACGGCAGCCAGACGAAACUCGCCGAUAUCCUGCUGCUGUUUGCCUCCGGUUUCCAUGGUGAUAUGUCACUGUUCGAUGGCGAGGGUGGGUCUCUGGCCCACGCCUACUAUCCCGGACCGGGAAUAGGUGGGGACACACACUUUGAUUCAGAUGAGCCUUGGACACUGGACAACGAAAACCCAAAAGGUAUAGAUCUGUUCCUGGUUGCGGUUCACGAGCUCGGUCACGCUCUGGGUCUGGAGCAUUCGGAUAACCCCAGAGCCACAAUGGCUCCUUUCUACCAGUGGGUCCACACACAGAACUUCACGCUCCAUGAGGAUGACAUCAGAGGCAUACAGUACAUAUAUGGUCCUCCUCUCAUCACAGAUGCUUCGCCUACUUCUCCGCUCGCCCCUGACAAUGAACCCAGCGUCGACUCCCCCACCUCCCCUUCCGUCCCAGAAGAAGAGCCCACCACUUAUUCUCCAGCCGAUGCCCCACGCGUCCCGACGGACGCCGACCCGGAUCCUCCGGCCCAACCCGAACCAAGCCCCGGUCCCACCUCGCCUCCCACCCUCCCUACCUCCACCACCACCCAAUCCCCGCCUGUGCCAGAACCCGUCACUCCACGGAAAGACAUCCCUCGUCCUCCUCCUCCUCAGCCUCCCAAGCUGCCAGACAACCAGCCCCCUGACAUCUGCGAUGGAGACUUUGAUACAGUGACCAUGCUGAGGGGGGAGAUGUUUGUCUUCAAGGGUCGUUGGUUCUGGCGGGUUCGGAGGAACCGCGUCCUCGAUAAUUACCCCAUGCCGAUAUCUGUAUUCUGGAACGGUCUCCCCACCGGCAUUGACGCAGCGUACGAGCGUCACGACGGCAAAUUUGUCUUUUUUAAAGGUGACAGAUUCUGGGUGUUCAGGGAGGCUGACGUGAUGCCAGGGUACCCACAGCCCUUAUAUCACUAUGGAAAAGGCGUUCCUCCACACGGGAUCGACACAGCUAUCUGGUGGGAGCCCAACGGACACACAUACUUCUUCUCUGGAGACAGGUACUGGCGAUACAACGAGGAGACCCGGACCACAGACCGCGACUUCCCCAAACCAAUUAGCAGAUGGGGCAGGAUCCCUCCCUCCCCUAAAGGAGCCUUCCUCAGCGAUGAUGGGGCUUACACCUAUUUCUACAAAGGCACCAACUACUGGAGAUUUGACAAUCACAGAUCCGAAGCAGACAAAGGCUAUCCCCGCUCCAUCCUGAAGGACUUCAUGGGUUGCGUGGGGGUCCCCGACCCGAAGCCCGAUGCAGACACCGAGCCGGAAGACAAACCGGUCGAGCCUUCAGACCGAGGCAAAGAUGAGCACAAAGAGCCAGACAGAGGCCGGGACAGAGACGCAAACUCGGAGCGAGAGGAGACCGCUAAGCCCGACAGCACAGAGGAAGAGGAGGACAAAGACGUGAACGUGGUCGUGACUGUGGCUGACAAUGAAUCAAAGGUCAUGACCCUGAUUAUGGUGAUCGUUCCCCUGGUGCUCAUCCUGUGCAUCCUCGUCCUAAUCUAUGCCAUCCUCAGGACUCUUCAGAACAAAGAGACGCCGAGGGCCUUGGUGCACUGCAAGCGCUCGCUGCAGGACUGGGUGUGACGCUCGAAUCGAAGAGAUAGAUCAGGUAUCCGUCGUUCAUCUGGUGCAGCCGUCCAGUUUUUACUUUUGGCGUUAGAGGAAAAGAAGCUUUGAAAAAGCUGACGAUGGGCCUGUUAGUCAUUGGGAGAACUUUCAUUGCUCGUGUGACAUGAUAAAAAAAUUGUGAAUUCAGCGCCUGUGGAGCUUUAGCUCGGCCACAAGUUUUUCUACUGUGCCUCUCUCUGUGCCCUCCAAAAGUCUGAAAAGGUACCCCCCCCCCCAAAAAAAAAAAAAAAAAGAAACCC